GUGUCCGUGGGCUUUGUGGUUCUGUUGCAACAUCUUGACAUGGAAAUUCCCUUCAAGGUUUUCUUGGGCUAUGUCGUUCUGUUGCAACAUCUUGACAUGGAAAUUCCCUUCAAGGUUUCCUUGGGCUCUGUGGUUCUGUGGCAACAUCUUGACAUGCAAAUUCCCUUCAAGGUGUCCGUGGGCUCUGUCGUUCUGUUGCAACAUCUUGACAUGGAAAUUCCCUUCAAGGUGUCCGUGGGCUCUGUCGUUCUGGGGCAACAUCUUGACAUGGAAAUUCCUUUCAAGGUGUCCGUGGGCCCUGUAGUUCUGUUGCAACAUCUUGACAUUCAAGUUAUCUUAAAGGUGUCCUUGGGCUCUGUUGUUCUGUUGCAACAUCUUGGCAUGGAAGUUCCCUUCAUG